GCCUCCCUCCUCCUCCUCCCCCCGCCCUCCCCGCUUGGUUAGUUGCUGCUGCUGCUGUGCCACCGCCGCAUCCGGGUCCUGGCGCCGCUCGCUGUCACUAUGGUCAUGGCGGAGGGGACGGCUGUGCUGAGGAGGAACAGGCCGGGCACCAAGGCCCAGGAUUUUUAUAAUUGGCCUGAUGAAUCAUUUGAAGAAAUGGACAGCACAUUGGCAGUUCAGCAGUAUAUCCAGCAAAACAUAAGGGCAGAUUGUUCAAACAUCGACAAAAUUCUUGAACCUCCAGAAGGACAGGAUGAAGGUGUUUGGAAGUAUGAACACUUAAGGCAGUUCUGUCUUGAGCUUAAUGGCCUUGCGGUUAAACUUCAGACUGAAUGCCAUCCGGAUACAUGCACGCAGAUGACAGCAACUGAGCAGUGGAUAUUUCUUUGUGCAGCCCAUAAAACUCCCAAAGAGUGUCCUGCCAUUGACUACACCAGACACACAUUGGAUGGAGCUGCAUGUCUUCUGAAUAGCAAUAAAUAUUUUCCCAGCAGGGUUAGUAUAAAGGAAUCCUCCGUAGCCAAACUAGGAUCGGUCUGCCGUAGGAUUUACAGAAUAUUUUCACAUGCAUAUUUUCAUCAUCGCCAAAUAUUUGAUGAAUACGAAAAUGAAACCUUCUUGUGUCACCGGUUUACCAAAUUUGUGAUGAAAUACAACCUGAUGUCCAAGGAUAACCUGAUCGUACCAAUUUUAGAAGAGGAGGUGCAGAAUUCAGUUUCUGGUGAAAGUGAGGCAUGAUGAGUGUCGUGGACUGAAUGAUUCCAUAAUUAACAUUGUGUACUGUAUAUAUCAUUUAGAAACGUCAAUCAUGUAUCCUUAGAGCUUUGUUUAGUAUACUUUUUCGUAUGCUGUGUGCGUUGCCUCUUAAUAUGGAAUAUGGUUUAAGUUAUUCAUGAGCUGUAUAUUCUUCAAUGUGGCACUCAUGGUUUUUAAAUAAAAUUAGAAUUAUCUGUUUAUACUGCCUGUUAAUAAAAGAAUUUACAGUUCUGUAAAAUUGCUGCUAAACAAUCAUUGGAUCACAAUCUUCAGACCUUGUCCAGUUUAAAUCUGAAGCUUCCUAUAUACUGAUGAAGUUGGAAUUUUAGCCUUAGUUUGACUAACACCAGAAGCUUGCAAGUCCAUUUAACUCUUUACGUUUUGUAUUUUAUAGAAAGUACCCUUGUUUUAGUGCCCAACUUUUGCUUUUUUGGGUGUGCGCAUAUAUAGCGUCUAAACUCUUGUAGUAUGUGUGUAUCCAAAUAUUCAUUAUUACAGUAUUAAUACCAAAAGGAUAACACUUAUUAUACUGCCAAAAGUGUAUUCUAGAUUUUUUCUUUAUGGACUUGCCUUUCUGUAUCGGUGGAGACUUGUGUAUUGCAAAAGGCCGUAUGUUCACUUUAGUCACCUUAAGGCAAAGAUUCCCCUCUGUGUUUUCCUUCCUGCACCUCUUGCCAGUGGGUAAAAGCAAUUUGUGUUCCGUUCUGCCUACAGUAAAGUGCUCUGUGGCUUAUACCUGUGCAUAUUUAUAAUAAUUGCUUACAGGUGAUACCUUGCAUUAAAAGUUCAUUUUACACUACUGCAGAGUGUGCCAAAAUGGCCUUGCUCAUUUGUAACAAAAGGGUUCUGUGGAAUUUUGAGCCCUACUCAUCACAGUACAUGCAGCUGGAGAUUCUGUCUUACCUUUCAUCCAUGCAAAUACCACCUGCUUUAUGUUCCAGUAAUUGAAUUCCACCCCCCACCCCAAAAUCUUAAGUGUAUGUUCCUUAAAUAGCAUUUGCAGGUUUGCGUUAGUGUAUAUGAAUGCAGAAAUCUAAAAGCACUAGCAGUGAUCAAAUGGACUUGGAGAGAUUUUUUAUUUUUAUUUUUUUGAAGUGGGUGUAUUCUCCAUUCACAUUAAAACAUUAACCAGUGCCCCUUGAUCUGUUGAAAUGGGCAAGUUUCGGCUUUUAUGUUGCCAAGCUGACUUCACACACACACACACACACACACACACACACACACUUCAUUUUGAAGAGUGCUCAUUAACGCAGAAUGAAAGGUGCAAAUUUAUUUCCUAAUAUUCAUAAUUUGUGUUUCAGAUUAGCAUUGUGUACAUGCCUUAACGGGAAAAAAAUAUAUAUAUUUCAAAUUGGGCCUAUCUAACAGCAAGAAUGCCACCUUACAUCCCUUUACAGGAGAAGGGACACUUAGCCCCACUUGCUUUUAACAGGGCUAUGUUGGUGGCAACUUUGUUGAGAGGUUCUGCCCCUCUGUGCUGUUCUUACUUUUCAAUUUAAAAUAUGGUUUUAAUGGAUAACAGGGUCAUCACAUCUGAUGUGUUCUUAGCAACAGCUAGUUAUGUCAGUUCACCCAAUGUAAGGCCUACCUUGAGUAAUGUAGAUGCGAUGGAUACCUCAAAGCAAGUGGCUAAAGAAUUUCCCUUUCAGAGGUAGCAGGAUAUAUAUGGUUAUUGUCAGAAAUGGCUGAUUCAGGGCAGCCUCCCCCAGCCGGAAAAUGAAAUGGCACCAUUAAGCAUUUCUGUGAAAGUCCGUGGUGCUUGAGGCUGCAACAAAAUCUCAACACAUCUCCAUAUUAUUCUGGUGUAUGCCUCUAAAAUGGCUCAUCUUGUUUUUAGCAAAUAAAUCCAGUUCUGCACUGUAAACUUGACUUCAUAUAAUCAAGUUAAGUAACUGGGGCACUACUUGUAACCUUUAAUGCUGUUGACUCGAGUACCUCUGAUAAUGUGUGCACACAUGUGCCUGGCUGAUACUGUAGAACUUCAGUAAGCAUAAGUGAACUAUUGACUUUGUAUGGUAAAUAUAUAUUGAGGGUUUAACUUACAUUCUGCAUUAUAGGGAAACUGAGAUGUGUCUGUCUUUUGAAUUACAUUGUAAAAAAAAAAGUAGAGGUUGCAAUUAAAUCUUUUUCUUUUUCCAUA